CUCCUCUCCAUCAUCAUAUCGCCCUUCUUGACCACGUACAACACAUCUUAUCAUACCCGCGCUAUAACAGUUUUCCUUGGAUAUCCUAUGCUUUACGUGAUCCCGCCGCUCGCCGCGGUAAAUAACCAAAGCGUCGCAGGGCAUCAAGCCGGACAAUCUCUAUCUGUGGAGCUUCUACAUUUCCGUAUACCGUUCCGCGCUUCCACGCCGUCUACCCCACGAGCAAAGGAGGUAGUAUAAACACAAGUCCUCUUCCGGGUACUCACCUGCUUUGCCCCUCCAGUCUCCCAAUGACGACCCACGGUGACAGGCCCUCGCCCAUCGGGAAGCUUCCGGCGGAGCUAAGAGAUCGGAUAUGUGGGCACGUGGCUUCAGUACUGCACUCGGCUCUGCACUACAGCAGCCUUCCAGAAGAUGAUCCUCAGACCUUCUCUUGGACCACACUGGACCGACCCCCCGACUGCCGCAUAAUUCAAAAGCGUCUGCGAGCUCUGUCACUCGUUUCCAAGGACUGGUCUCUCUCAGCACAGCGUGCAUUAUUCGCUGUGAUUCCGAUAAGCAGUGCUCGGUGCCUCAUGACGUUGCUCAGAAGUCUGAUUCUUUUCCCCAGAAACAGAAAAUUCAUUCGAUGCCUGAUACCAAUAUUCUCACACGAAUGCGCUACAUUCUAUAUGGGACCGUCCUUCGUCUGGGAGGAUAUUUCUGGCAUGGUCACUUUGGCCCAUUUCAUUAAUAACUUGGGCGAUAUCCUGUUCACGCCCAUUGUGGACGACCUUCCAAACACCACGUUACUUCGUAUCAGUCUCCUCAAGCAUGUGCUCCAACCGCCAUUACUGGCUACCACGAACCACACCGACCACGUCUAUCGCUUCCGAGAAAUCUUGAAUUCGGCCUUGUGGAGUGUUGUUCACCUUUCUCCAAUGCUUAGCGCGCUGCACCUGCGUGCUGUCUCGAGUUUCUGCGAUCCACCCUUCGUGUAUGGGGAGGAAAUGACAUAUAGCGGACGCUUUCUUGAGGGCGGCCGCCCAGCCUUUCAAACUCUCAGUCUGCGCACGCAAACCUUCCCAAGACACGACAGACGCCGCGAUUCUGAAAUCCUCGAAUAUGAUAGCUGGAUGUCAUGCAUUCCAACCAUCAAGUACAUCACGCUUUUGGGUGUAUCAAACUGGAGGAAUGAUCACCACCUUUACGUCUCUCCGAUGCAACUAGACUCUGUUUAUGAAUGGCUGGAUAGUGUGGAACAGCUCACUUCACUUCGGCUUUUCAAAGGCUUUGAUGAGGCGUUUCGCAUAUAUGAGCCUUCUGGGCCUACGCCUCCCCCUCAAGACAACUGGAACUCCAUUCUCUUAAGGCACAAAGACACGCUAGAGGAGUUGGUCUUUGAUGGCUACCGCGGAAUUCGGCUUCAUCAUGCCUCCAGAAACGACAAAGACCUGAGACAUAUCACCCGCUUUGGGCCUACCAAGACGUUAUCUUGCUUACCAGAACUCAAAAAGUUGGCAUAUCUCAAGCUGCCCUUCCAUUUUCUCACGUCCCAGGUAGAUCCCGGUGCCAUUAAUGAAAACACACCUCCAGAGAGUCUCCCUUCACCAAACACAGCUCAAGAAGCCCUCGCGCUGAUUGAGACCUCCUUUCCUUCCUCACUGAAAAAACUCGACAUUGUCGUGUACCGGUUUUAUGUUGAUCGGGUAUGGGUUGGCGAAAUCUACCCACUUAGAACAAUCACCGUUAGAUUUUGAGGCCAGGAGUCAUACCCCCUUGUACUUAACUGCUCGGGCAGUAAUAUCUUCAGCCGUCUUUCAC